AGAAUGACCAACAGUGCAUAUUUCAACACAGUCACCUCGGAGUCGGCCUUCAGGACUCGUUUCAACGCUGAGGGAGGGAGGUUAUUUUCCGAUAUACAUCAUGUUGCUGCAAGUGAAUGGGGACGGGAUCAUCUAUUCGCCUGUCGAGUAAUACGACGAGAGACUCAGCACAAUAUUCUUCCAUUUUUAUCGGAAUACAAAUCUCCCCCAGAUGUGGAGUUCUCGUCCGAAAUCCAUGCUUUCCUGAGGGGUCCAGACUCAACAUAUUUGUCUCAAAGCGAGCACGGCCUCGUUCGUGAUUCCGGCUAUGGGAUAUCUCUUGCUCAAAUUUGGGCUGCGAUGGCAAUGAUCAAAGCCCAAAAGGAUCUCCGUAGGAAAGUCCUAGUUGAUGGCUCUAUGGAUGAAAAAGACUACGUCGACUCUAGCAUACUUCAGGUUGGGUCUAGCAGUCCACAGGCUGACAGCUCUUAUGAAGCGUCCUCUAUUGGCUAUAUUGAUAUGGAAACACACAUGCUCAUGGUGUCACCGGAAGAUGAAACUUUACGACUUGCAUCUUGUGUCAUUCGGCAUAAUUUGUGUUUCGCUCCACCUCAGGAUUCCUGCGAUUUACAGUCAGUUGUCGAAUUUCGAGACGCUAAAUCAAGACUCGCUGUAUCCACACCAAUAUUAAGACGGAAAAUAGUGGCUACUGACGAUGGAGGUCUUUGUCGUCGACUAGAAUCCGGUGAUGUCUUUACAGUUGGCAGGGAGCGUGUGGCGAUUGUGGAAGCGAAGAAACAAUUCCAGUGUCUGGAGAACGGCAGGCCUAUCAUCUCCGAUAAUUGUUUCGCACAGAUGACAUGCGAGGCCCUGGUGGCGAGAUUGGCUGAUCCCUUCACGGAACUAGGCCACGGCAGUGUUAUACUUAUUCACGUUACGCAGCACUAUAUGUGCUUCCUCCAUUUCCAGAUCAACGACGAGUAUCUCCGCGACUUCGAAUCAGCGGCACCGAGUAAUUUUAUAUAUGUUACAUCCACCCCUUGGUUCGACUUAACUUCUCGAAAUGGAAGGGACCAGGUUGUUCAAAACCUUAGCUGUAUAAUGCGGUGGGCGGCCGAGUGAUUUUUACUUCCUGCCACAAAGGAAGGGAAGCUAACUACUGAUAUCUUCCCUUUGUGGAUCGUAAUGGAGUCCUAGCGCUAAAGGACAGGGGAGCAAAAUCGAAAAUAUUCUAGUAGGGAUGUUUCCAAGUGAC